AUGAAGUACAUUGGUGCACUUGAUCAAGGUACAACAAGUACUCGUUUUAUUAUAUUUGAUGAGAGACAACGUCUUGUUGCACGUUAUCAAGUGCCUAUUACGCAGUAUACACCUCAACCUGGAUGGUUAGAACAUGAUCCUAUGGAGAUUUUUAAGGUUAGUUGUAAAUGUAUUGUUGCUGCUGUGGCUGAGUUACGGUCUAAAGAUCCAAGUUUUGAUAAACUGGAGGCUAUUGGUAUUGCAAAUCAACGUGAAACAACUGUGGCGUGGGAUCGAGAAACAAAGAAACCGCUUUAUAAUGCUAUUGUCUGGAAUGAUUUGCGUACUUAUGGUGUUACUAAAGAGAUUGCAGAAAAACUUGGCGGUGGUGAUAUUCGUUUUGCCAUUCAAAAGAAUGGACUUUUGGCAAGUACUUAUUUCUCUGCAUUUAAAAUGCGUUGGAUGUUGGAUAAUGUUCCAGAUGUAGCAGAAGCAAACAAACGUGGGAGUUUAUGUUUUGGUACUGUUGAUUCCUGGUUAAUGUGGAUGUUGAGUGGUGGUAGUUGUUUUCUCACGGAUGUUACGAAUGCGUCACGAACCUUUUUGAUGGAUAUCCGUACAAGAAGUUGGUCUUCUGAACUGUGUGAGAAACUUGGAAUACCGAUGAAAUCUCUUCCAGAGAUUCGAAGUAAUAGUGAGUUUUUUACGCAUAUUCUUUCUGAUGAGGCUGGACUUGCCUCGGCACUACGACACAAAACACCUAUUAUGGGAUGUAUUGGAGAUCAGCAAGGGGCGUUGUUUGGUAAUAUGUGUUUUAAUCAAGGAGAGGCGAAAAACACUUAUGGUACUGGAUGUUUUCUUUUAAUGGUUGUUGGGGAAGAGGUACGUUUCUCACAACAUGGUCUUCUUUCUACAGUUGCUUUUCAACUCGGUAAGGAGGGAUCGUGUACGUAUGCACUUGAGGGUUCUAUUGCGGGUGCAGGUGCUGCUAUUGAAUGGAUGAAAGAUAAUUUGAAGUUAUUUAAAAAUAUUACAGAUUGUGAGAAAAUAGCCCGAAGUAUUCCUGAUACACAAGGGGUUGUAUUUGUACCGGCCUUUUCUGGUUUACUCGCUCCUUAUUGGGAUCCCACCGCACGUGGAACGAUUCUUGGAAUGACACUAAAAACGACAAACGCCCAUAUUGUUCGCGCAGCUCUGAAAGCUAUCGCCUUACAAGUUGUGGAUGUUGUAGAGGCAAUGAAACAGGAUGCCGAGUUAAAUGUGGAGAUGCUGCGCGUGGAUGGAGGACUUUCGGGUAAUCGUUUGUUAAUGGAAAUGCAGGCGGGUUUGUUGGGAGUGGAUUUACGUCUUCCUGCGAUGGCAGAGACGACAGCACUUGGCGCAGCGUUGUGUGCUGGACUUGCCGCUGGUGUGUGGAAAUCACUGGAUGAGGUUAAAGCCGUGGCGGCGGAGGAACAUAAAUGGGAAGUCAUCAAACCGAAAGUUUCCUCUGAGUUUCGUCGAGAAAUUAAGGAACAAUGGAAACGAGCAUUACAGAAAGCGAAAUGGGCCAAACUUUAG